CUAUCCCACUGGCUAGACCAACGCCUCGGCUCCAUGGGAGUUGCAGCAAGUUGGGACCACAGUUGUUUAACCUCAGAAAGAGUCCAGGAGGAUGAGGCUAAGGUUAAGAGGUUAAGGACGGAGUGCACAUUGUGGAACCAGCUCUUUGGAAGAGAGUCCACCCCUGGGUCUGUGAUGCCUUGCAACACCGACCUAUAAUGACUUAUACUAUUUCCCAGAAAUGAAAAAUAUGUAGGGUCUCCUUUCAAUCUAUUUUUUAAUCAGCAUAUUCCUCUUGAACUGAAGAAUAAAUGGGAUCUGAAAUGAAUUUAGUUGGACAUCAUCAGCUAGCCUCUGCUGAUGGAUUUCCUCUUGCUGAAGGUCCUCAUUUGUUUGGUGUCCUUUCAGAACCAAUGAGUUCUCCAGUACAAGAGGCAGAUGUGUCACCUUAUGCACAGUACAACAGUGUGCCAUUUCCCCAAGUUCAGCCUCAGAUAUCAUCGCCACCUUAUUACCCCAACCUAGGCUUCUACCCUCCACAGCAUGAGGAAUGGUAUUCCCCUGGGAUGUACGAACUCAGGAGAUUACCCUCAGAGACCUUUUUCACAAGGGAAACAGAGAUAUUGGAUAUCCCUGCAGCCAAAAAACCUAGACUGGGUCACUCUACGGGAAGAGUGAAAGGAGAAGAGCUCUGUGUGGUCUGCGGUGACAAAGCCUCUGGGUACCACUACAAUGCCCUUACUUGUGAAGGAUGCAAAGGAUUCUUCAGAAGAAGUAUCACAAAAAAUGCAGUAUACAAAUGUAAAAAUGGAGGCAACUGCGAGAUGGACAUGUACAUGAGAAGAAAAUGCCAGGAGUGCCGUCUAAGGAAAUGCAAACAAAUGGGCAUGUUGGCUGAAUGUAUGUAUACAGGUCUGUUAACUGAGAUACAGUGCAAGUCAAAAAGACUACGGAAAAAUGUGAAGCAGCCCCCAGAUCAGACAGUCAACGAAGAUAAUGACAGCCAGGAUGUGAAACAAGUAACAUCUACAACUAAAAUAUAUAGGGAGAAGGUAGAGUUUACCCCAGAACAGCAGAACCUUCUUGAUUAUAUCAUGGAUUCAUACAGUAAACAACAAAUACCACAGGAGGUCUCAAAAAAACUAUUAAACGAGGAAUUCAGUGCUGAAGGAAAUUUUCUGAUUUUAACAGAAAUGGCUACCAGUCAUGUGCAGGUUCUUGUGGAAUUCACAAAAAAACUACCAGGCUUCCAAACUCUUGAUCAUGAAGACCAGAUUGCUUUGCUGAAGGGCUCAGCAGUAGAAGCCAUGUUCCUCCGUUCAGCUGAGAUCUUCAGUAGGAAACUUCCGACAGGGCAUACUGUCCUUUUAGAAGAAAGAAUUCGCAAUAGUGGUAUUUCAGAUGAAUUCAUAACUCCCAUGUUUAAUUUUUAUAAAAGCAUUGGGGAGCUGAAGAUGACACAGGAAGAAUAUGCACUGCUCACAGCCAUAGUUAUCCUGUCUCCAGAUCGACAAUACAUAAAGGACAGAGAUUCUGUGGAAAGGCUUCAAGAACCACUGCUGGAUAUUCUACAAAAAUUCUGCAAACUUCACCACCCAGACAACCCUCAACAUUUUGCAUGUCUUCUGGGUCGUCUCACAGAAUUACGGACAUUUAACCAUCAUCAUGCAGAGAUGCUGAUGUCAUGGAGAGUGAAUGAUCACAAAUUCACACCUCUUCUCUGUGAGAUCUGGGAUGUGCAGUGAUGGAUACUUUUUUAUUUUAGGAGAAAUAUCUUUUUAAAGGACCACAUAACAUUUACUUUCAUAGAAAAGCAUGCCACAGUGCAUUGUAUUUUCUUUACUGCAUUUUUAUAGAAACAUGACAUGGGUUCAUAAAAGUAAUUUUGUUCACUAUGCACAGAAUAUUGUAUAGCUAUCAGACCUUCAUAUGUGAGUAUAACUUUUUCUGUAUUUAUACUGUCUGAUCAGAAAGAGCCCCUCAGCUCCUCAGAGGAACACAGUUAAUUCCUCCUGCUAUUAAGCUGAUUGGAGUUACAGUUCCUCUUGAGAAAUGGGGAAAUGCAAGUUUCCAUUGAUAUUUUUUCAUUGCAGUGUUUCUUUUGUGCUUUGCCUCUGUUAAAAAUAUAUUCCGGAUAUUUACAGUAAUAAACCUUAUGAAAUGGUUAAUGCCACAGUUCAGCUGUUCAGCUGUGAAAUGUGUUCAUAUAAGGUGCGCAAGAUGUUAUUUCUUCACAAGCAGGAACACUAUGAAAUGGAGAAAAGUCACACCAAAACAAACUCCCUUUUCAUGAUACA